AUGCUGAAACUUUGGAACCCUUUACGCUGUCUAUUUGAGUCUUUUGAACAGAAAGCACAGUAUGUACACUUGCGUAUGAUAAAAAAACAAUUGUGGACAAAGGCUAUCCAAUCGAAUCUAUCAAUCGCCAGGGUUGUGCAGUCAACUAAAUGUUUUGCGGAUGCAACCAACCCACUGCCACCAAACAUUGAUUCAACAACCGUGGUACGAAAACCGACCCGAAGACGUAGACCAUUAACUUCAGUUUAUGAUUCGACGUAUCCAAGAGGACCGGAAAUCAUUGGCGUAGCAAUGGCGGAAUCCUUCAGAUUGAUUGAUUUACUCGACGAUGAACAUUUGUUUUGCUUGUAUAACUGUACGCAUAUUGAUGAGGAAAUUGAUGAUGGUUUACACUUCGUACCAAAACCACAAUAUAUUAUUGAUCAGAACGCAAUCAAAGAAUUUUUUCUGUUUGCCGAUGGUGUUGUUGUCUUUUGGGGUAUUAAUCAUAUUGAGCGUAGCCAGAUAAUGGAUAUUUUGUCUCAGUAUGCUGAAUUACCAUUUGAAUCAUCAGUUAUUCUAGAAGAAACUGAUACCUUAUCAUUUCGUAUGGUGAAAGAAGGUGAAACACGGAUGAAAGGUGAACAAUUAUUGCUUAAUUUUACCAAUUAUUUGGACGGGCAUUUUUCGUCAUUAGCAACUUUGGAGCGGUUUGCUUUUUCGCAUGGAAUGGCUGCAUCAGUGAAAGUUGCAAUAUGGGAAUCGCAGUUGUUGGAAUAUGCUGAACCGCUCGCAAAAGCUUCAAAAGGACUCAGUACUGGUAAGAUUCCUUUGAAGCGAAAAAGUGUACUGAUGCAAACUGGUACUUUAUUAUCACUUAGACAUUCAAUUAAUUUAAAUACGAAUUUGAUCGAUUCCGACUUCUAUUGGGAGAAGCAGGAUUUGGAGCCAUAUUAUAGAAUGGCUUUAAAACAUUUCGCCGUUGCCAGCCGACGAAGGAUGUUAAAUGCACAAUUAGAUUAUUGCAGUGAAAUAUUGAAAAUAGUGGACGGUAUGCAGACUCAUAAUUGCGAAGCACGACUGGAAUGGAUGAUUAUUUGCCUUAUUGUUAUCGAAGUAUUCUUCGCGAUAAUCGAUCAUUUUGGAUUUAAUUUGGGUCCACCGCAAAAGGUCCUCAUAGAUAAUUGUCAAGAAUUGGUAAGCGGUAUCAAUGAAGCAGUCCGAAAACGUCAAUGA